CAAUUGGCUAAGUGUGUUUAUUCAGGGCUGCCGGGGGAGUGCUAGCAGGAAUGGGAGUAGGAAGUAAGUCUGGAUUUAAAGGAACCUGGACCACGAGGGGAUAAUCAUUUUUCUGCAGACCAGUAUCCAGGGCACUUCUCGGAGAGAAGGAAACCCUGGGAGGGAAGAACUUGGGAAACAGGAGGAUACAAGCGUCUUUGAAGCUACUUAGGUGUGUAGGCAAAAUGAAGCUGACUCUGGUGCAGAUCCUUUUCAUGAUGUUGCUGCUGCUACUGGGCCUGGGGGUGGGCCUGGGGUUGGGACUUCAGAUGGCCGCAGCUGUCCUGGAGGACAGUGAUCAGCUACUGAACGAGCUCCAGUCUACUGACUCACAGGACCAGGUUGAGGCCACUAAGGAGGGAACAGGUGCCCAAACCACCGAAACCCUAUUGCUUAGCAACCAAGAAGUGUUGCAACCAGAAGAGACCAUUGUCAGUGAAGAUGAAGUUGGAGGAAACAAGAUGCUCAAAGCUGAGGCUCUCUUUCAGAGCAACAAAGACUAUCUUAGGUCGGACCUGAUGGACAGGGAAUGCAAUGUCCUGAUGGAACAGAAGAUGACGCAGCACAACCACACAUGCAUACCCCAGUACGUAUUCAUCCAUGAGGAACCAGAUGCAAUCAAAGCUGUCUGUAAGAGUCCUGCUGUUGCCUGCAAUCUCAAGGGAGGCAAGUGUCACAAAAGCUCCCGUCCUUUCGAUUUGACAUUCUGCAAAUUAUCCAAACCAGGCCAAGUCACUCCUCACUGUAAUUACUUAACUUUCAUUCUUGAAAAGCACAUUUUAAUAUCCUGUAGUGACAUGAAAGUCCAGGUCACUUCUGGACCAUGAAGCAACUUCUUCACCUCCUCAUCUUUGUCUUCCUUUCCACUUCUUUUUUUCAUGCUGUUUUCCUCCUUAGGUAUCCUGCAAAACAGGUUUUGGGAAGAGAGGCUAGGCUAUUCUUUAUCAAAAAUGAAAAUAUAAAUCUUCUUUGUCCCAGGGUUCACUCAAUUUGCAUUCCAUUCCUGGGAUUAGAGGUGGCAAUGUUACAGAAAUGACAGGCCAGCCAAGAAACAAGCACCACUCGGAGGGUUGGAGUACUCAGAUGUAUUACGCCGGCGGGCUCAGAGGGGCUUCUGCUCCUAAGCCCUGAGCACCUCCAAGACGUGUGCAUGAGGUUUUAUAGGGUUAAGUACAAGCUUGGGGUAUUCGGCCAAUAGGCAUGGAACACCUUUAGCAGCAUCAUUAUCACAAAAGUAGAGACAGUGAGGCAGCAAAUCAACAUUUCAAGGCCAGAUAUGUCUCUUUGAAAAUCCAGCAGGCUAGCAAAAACAUGAACAGGGAAUCAGCAAACCGACACUUAUUAAUUUAGAUUUACAAGUUAGCCCAGCAGAACUCAGAUCAGUAAUCUGACACUUGUUACACUUAGAUUUGUGACUUAGCUUGUUGGCCCAGCUGGGCUUUUCCUUCACAGCAGAAUAGGGUGAUGAUGUCUAAUCUCUCUAGGUUCUGUGCCUCUUGGAUCCUAUCUCCUGCUGGAAAGAGAUAAGUGAAGGCCUGCUCUAGCCUCUCCUGCAACCCUGCUCAUUAGUCUCUUUCCUGAUCUGGGGACCUUUAGGUGUGGAUUACAAGAGUUUAAUGCAUCCUUUACCCACCUGGUUCCCUGCUACUCACUGUGAGCCUCUAGGGCAAUCAGAGAAGCCUCCCAGGCUUCUCAUGCAACACUUUUCUGCUGCAGAUGCAAAUUAAAGCGCUUCUAUCUGUGAUUGAGUCUGGAGAACCGUGUGGAUCAGGUUUCCUUUCCUUACCCCUAAGUGCAGGGUUCUGCUGGUAUGGUGCUAUGGUGAUGCAGAUUGAGACAGAACAUAUCUUGGGGUAAGGACAGCACUAAUUUUCUUGACCCUUCUCAACUCUUUUUCUUUUUCCUCCCAUCUUUUACUACCUGCCACUUUGCAUCUUCUUUUCCCUCCCUUUGUUUCUCUGCCCUCAAACCCCACCCUUUCCUCUGGUCUCCUUUUCCUCUUCUUUUUGAGUGCUCUGUGUUCUUUUUCUGAGUCCUUUUAGAAAUUCUUUCAGCCAACACUGAUUUCUCAUGCCAUGCUAGGUGAGAAGCUGUUGAUCCUACAGUUAAAGAGUCUGGCAUACGUGGUUAGGGGGAGGGUGGGCCAAGAGAGUGAUGAGGAGAGAGAGAAAGAGAGAACUAUUAAAAAAAAUUACGUCAGUAAGUAGAAUAGUGUCACAUUAGGUGCUCAAUAGGUAUAGAAUGAAAAGGAUUGGGAGGAGUUUUAUUCUCACUCAGCAUCUCUUUCCCUUUUUUUUUUCCCGCUCUUAAGAACAAGGAAGUUGGUGAAUCAUUUCAACAGAAAAGGGAUUGGGUCUACUCAAAGAGGAGAAAAGCUAUGGGGCAGAAUAAAUGGAGGAUGUAAGUGGUUGCCUUCAGCCUAUUUCGUCUGAAUUCAUAUCUGUCAGGAAAUAAUGUAGUUAAACUUGCAUGGGCACAUAGAAAAUGGCCAUAGGGAUUCACUAUGUGACUUUAUUCUGAGAUCUCCUCUCCCCAGGGUUUUUCUCUGCUUCCACCUCCUAGACAGUAACACACUCAAGGGUCAGGGACAUACAGAAACGGGAGACUGGAAGGAAGGAAAGGUUUGGCUUACUCUGACCUGGCUUUUAUCUUCCUGUUCUUUCUUUGUUUCGUCCCCAAUUUCCCUUAUCCUUCCUGUCGCAGGCAGGCAGGCAAUCACAUAAAUGCUUUGCCUCUAGUCUCUUCUCAGACUACCCC